GUCCGCCCUUUUGUAAAACGUCAAAUCAAAAUUCCUGUACUCAGGGACACGAUCAGGGUGUGGUUUCUUACGGAUUUCCUUUUGCUUCCAAUUCGUUGGUUCCCGGUUCGGCAGUUCCUCGUUUAACAAGAGGAUAAAACUUUGCCUUACGCAGAAUCCCUUGACGAGCGUGUCGGUGGACCUGUUCCACUGUGCCUCUUUUCCCUCGUUCCCCAUAUCCAACGGACUCGUUUCGCCUGUCACCGUCGGGUAUGAAAGUGGGGGCUGGAGGCGGGGGCCCCUCCUGCCGGCCACGCUUGGUCGCCGGCCAAUGUGCCGCACCACUUGGAAAAGAGAAAAACCAAAGCGCAUGAGCAACACGUUUUCCUCUCGGAAGUUGCGGGGAUCGUCCAAAUCGGAACCAUAUUAUCACUUAGACCCGUGCCAUCUUCCUUCACUGUUCGCCUUUGCCAAGAACUGCAGGCUUGUCCAUCUUGGUAGCUCAGAUCAUGGAGAGAGGUGGAGAGAAACGUCCUGAUCUUUUCACUCCAUACCAGAUGGGCCGUUUCAAGCUUUCUCACAGAGUUGUGCUUGCACCAAUGACUAGAUGCAGAGCUCUGAAUGGAAUCCCUCGACAAGCCCACGUCAAGUAUUACACUCAGAGAGCUACACCAGGGGGUUUUCUCAUAACAGAAGGGGCUACGAUUUCUCCCACUGCUGCUGGCUUUCCACAUUGCCCUGGGAUUUACCUGAAAGAGCAAAUUGAUGCAUGGAAGAAGGUGGUAGAAGCUGUCCAUGAAAGAGGGAGUGUUAUUUUCUGUCAGUUGUGGCAUGUUGGCCGUGCUUCUAAUCCAGUUUAUCAGCCUGGUGGUGCUCCUCCUAUCUCAUCCACAGGGAGAGCCAUUUCAGAGAGGUGGAAAAUUUUGAUGCCUGAUGGCAGUUAUGGUCCCUAUACUAAACCUACUCCUCUGUCCAAGCAAGACAUCACGGAAGUUAUUCUGCAGUAUCAACAGGCUGCAGUAAAUGCCAUGCAAGCUGGGUUUGACGGAGUGGAGAUCCAUGGCGCUCACGGCUAUCUUAUUGACCAGUUCCUCAAGAAUGGCAUCAACGACCGAUCUGAUGAGUAUGGUGGCUCGCUGGAGAACCGCUGUCGGUUUCUGUCCCAAAUCAUCCAGGCCAUUGCAAGUGCCAUUGGACCUGAUCAGGUUGCAGUCCGAAUUUCCCCUUCAAUUGAUCACCUUGAUGCAAUGGACUCAGACCCGAUUGGGCUCGGCCAGUUUGUGGUCACCGAAAUCAACAGACUGGAACGAGUCAUGGGUGGGCGGCUCGCCUACUUACACGUGACGCAGCCCAGGUACACAGCAUCUAGCAAGACUGGUUCAGCCCACAAGCGUGAGAAACAGGAGGAGCACUUGCUAGGAAUGUUGAGGGAAGGAUACAGUGGCACCAUGAUAUCCAGUGGUGGGUUCACUAGGGAGAAUGGGAUGAGUGCAGUUGCAGAUGGGGAGACAGACUUGGUCUCUUAUGGUCGCCUCUUUAUCUCGAACCCUGACCUGCCUUAUAGGUUUGCGGUCAAUGCAAGCUUGAACAAAUACAUCAGGGCUACAUUUUACACGCAGGACCCAGUUGUGGGCUACACGGACUAUCCCUUUCUUCACCAAGGGGGAGGCCAAGAUGAGCGUGGAACCAAAUCAGAUACAGAAUCUGAGAACAGGGUCGGAUCAUUUGGUUGGGUAUUGUCAAAGUUGUGAGUAGCAACAGAAUGUCCCAUAUUGCGUCCAUUCAUGUGAAUGUGAGCUUGGAUAUUAGCUGUUCCCUUGCUGCUUAUCUCUAUAAUUCCCAAGGCCACCGCAACUUCCUGUUCUCUGGAUCUGGGGCAGGGGCCGGACACGGCACCAACCUGCUAACCAUGAACAUGGUUAGUGUUUUGGCUAGUGGACGUGCGUCAAAGCUUUGCGGACAUAGACAAGUGCGCCUGAAAUGCUGGUUGAGACUGGAUCUUGCUGGUGUCUUUGCAUCUUAAGUUAUGGAUCUAAACUUUGUAUUGGACUUCCGAAUACGUAAUAGAGUGUUGUAGCUUCCCUCUGUUGGGGCUUAAAUUGGACGAA